AGAGCAGUAGCCUUCGUAGGUGUCUGUUAAUUAAUGAUAAAACGUUUCACAGAGGGCAGAGUAUUUAUUCCUGCAGUCUGCUUUUACUACACAGCAUUUGUUGGCCCGGGAGGGAGAACACACAAUGACGGAACUUGACGGUGUCCAGCUUAAAAAUGUUACUAACAACAAUGGAAAUGGAGUGGACAACCCAGCUUUUGAAAUAGAGGCAGACUACAUUAAUGAUAAUAACAGCGUCAAAGGCAGGACUCGGACUAGAAAGGGAUUGGGAUCAUACUUGAGCAACGUUGCAAAACCUAUUAAUGCCACAGAGGAUUACAUCAAGGCUCACUCAAAAACCUUCAAAUAUGUUGUUUUGGCCAUACUUGGAGCAGGUUAUGUGGCAUACUUUAUUGCAGCCUGUGUUUUGGAUUUCCAGAGGGCCAUCGCUAUUGUAGUCCUGACCAGUUUCGCUGUUGUGGUCAAAUCAUACGAACUUCUGAAGGAGUACAAGGGAGAGAGCAUUAGUCAAUGUUUCAGACCUGCAGUUAGAUGCUUUAAAUCUAACUCAAAAUGGAUAAAAUGGGUUUUCAUCUUAGUGGUUCUGGCCCUUUUUGUGACAUGGCUCGCCUUAGACACAAGCAAGCGCCCAGAGCAACUUAUCUCAUUCGGAGGUGUGCUUAUGUUCAUCCUGCUGAUAUUCCUGUUCUCAGCACAUCGGACAGAGGUAGCAUGGAGGCCUGUGUUUUGGGGUCUUGGGAUGCAGUUCUGCAUCGGCCUUUUUGUCAUAAGGACACAACCUGGACUCAUAGCCUUUGAGUGGCUGGGAGAACAAGUGGAGAUAUUCCUUAAUUAUACCAAAGAAGGAUCAAGAUUUGUCUUUGGAGAUCAACUGAUUGAGAACAUUUUUGCCUUUCAAGCUUUGCCAAUUGUUGUCUUCUUCAGUUCAGUGAUGUCUGUCCUAUACUUCUUGGGGGUCAUGCAGUGGCUUAUUUUGAAGAUCUCAUGGGUUAUGCAGAUAACGAUGGGAACCUCGCCCACAGAGACCUUGAGCGUUGCAGGGAAUAUAUUUGUCGGACAGACUGAGGCUCCGCUGUUGAUUCGCCCCUAUCUGAAGGACAUGACUAAAUCUGAAAUUCAUGCUGUUUUGGUUGGUGGAUUCGCUACAAUUGCAGGCAGUGUCAUGGGGGCAUUCAUCUCAUUUGGGAUUGAUGCCUCCUCCUUGAUAUCAGCCUCUGUGAUGGCUGCUCCUUGUGCCUUGGCCAUGUCCAAACUGUCUUACCCAGAGACAGAGGAGAGUCCUUCCAAGUCAGAGCAGAAUAUCAAAGUGGAUUGUGGAGAUGAACAGAACAUUUUGGAGGCUGCAAGCAGUGGAGCAUCAGCUUCAAUAGGUCUUGUUGCAAACAUAGCAGCAAACUUGAUUGCCUUCCUUGCCAUUCUUGCCUUCAUAAAUUCAGCUUUGAGCUGGCUCGGAGGUAUGGUGGGGUUCCCAGAAAUCACAUUUCAGCUGAUUUGCUCUUACGUGUUCAUGCCUGUAGCCUUUAUGAUGGGAAUACCAUACGACGAGGCUUUCAUUGUGGCUGAACUUAUUGGCACAAAACUCUUCCUCAAUGAGUUUGUGGCCUAUGAGAAGUUAUCUGAACUGAAGCUUAAGAGACUCAGUGGUGAUUAUGAAUUCAGUGAUGGAGUAAAACAAUGGCUAUCUGUCCGAUCAGAAAUAAUUACCACUUAUGCACUUUGUGGGUUUGCUAACUUUAGCUCACUGGGUAUUGUGAUUGGAGGCCUAUCCUCUAUAUGCCCAUCCAGAAGAGGGGAUGUCUCGUCCUUGGUGGUGAGAGCUAUGAUCACCGGGACUUGUGUUUCACUUGUCAAUUCUUGCAUUGCAGGGAUCCUCUUUGCUCCUCCACUUGACUGUGUCGGGCUGUUUCAGGGAUUUGCUUUUAAUGCCUCAGAUGGAAAUAUACAAACUUGCUGCAAAGACCUCUUUGAUAGCACUGUAAAAAAUGGGACCAUCUCAUUUGAAGGAAUGUGGACCAACGUAGCAAACGCCACUUUGUUUUUCUCCAGCUGUUGUAAGUGUUGUGGUCUCUCUGAUGUAGACGUUUGUAUGUAGUAGAGAUAAGUACAUAACACCCUCUGUUUUUCCAAUGUAAUUCAUGUUUGUUUGUUUUUCUCCAUCAAUCUAAAAAUGGAAGGCCUUUCUCCGUGUCUUUAAAAGAUGAAUGUACAUUUCAAGUUGUUUUCAUUUUAAAUCAAUUCAGGUAUGACUUUUAAUUAAAGUCAAAAAGAUUUAGAAGAAAAGCCUUCUGAAAUAUAUACCUCAAUCAAUACUCAGGCAUCAAAAGGUUGAUGAAUGUAAAUAUUGCAAAUAAAUUUGUGACACCGUUUUUUUUUUAUGUUUUUGACAAUUAACCAUACAAACAGUGAUGCUAUGUUUACAGACAAACCUAUAGAAAUGAAAGUGUGAGCUAUGCUUGGACAUAGUAUUUUACAUAUUUAUUUAAAAAAAAAAGCUGGCAUAACAAAUCAUAACAAAGACAGCACACACUGGAAAUUGAAUUUAUUCUUCUUUCUGAAGUACCCAUUCAUUUUUUCUCUCACUCACUCGCAUGUUUACAGUUUUCGUUCAAACAAAAUCAGAUAUUUAAUCCUAUUUAUGUACACAUAAAUACAACAGUUUGUUUCUAUGACACAAAACAUGAAAAUCUGCGAGUGUAAAUUUGAACCCCAUUUCAACGUAUUUCGGACUUUUCUGUAAUAAACAGUAAACUGUUUUUUAAUUGAUGGCAGCUAAAGCUUAAGAGUGGUAUUAUGGACUCAUUUGAAGACUCUGAUAGAUCAUUAAAAAAACUAUGCUUCCAGAAGUU